AUGGGAUCGGUGGACUACUACGAGAUCCUGAAUGUCGACCGGAGCGCGACCGACGACGACCUCCGCAGGGCCUACCGGCGGUUGGCCAUGCGGUGGCACCCGGACAAGAACCCCGCCGGCGACAAGGAUUCCGAGGCCAAGUUCAAGGACAUCACCCAAGCCUACAACGUUCUCAGCGACGCCAGUAAGAGGGCAGUGUACGACCAGUACGGGGAGGAGGGGCUCAAGGGCCCGCCACAGCAGCCCGCCGACGACAUCUUCGCCGAGUUCUUCGGCAGCACGCCCUUCACGUACUGCAAUAACGCGCACGGCAGACAGCGGGCGGCGUGCCAUGGCGGUGGCUUGGGACGGCCUCACGGCGCCAGAGAUCAGGGCGUCGGGGCGCCACCUCCGCCGGUGGAGACCAAACUGGCGUGCACGCUGGAGGAGCUCUACACGGGUGUCACCAAAAAUAUGAAGAUCUCCAGGAAUGUCGUCGACUCCAGCGGGAGGAUGAAGACGGAGUCCGAGGUUCUAUCGAUCGAGGUGAAGCCGGGGUGGAAGAAGGGCACCAAGAUCACGUUCCCUGGGAAGGGCAACCAGCAGUGGAACCAGCUCCCUGCCGACCUGGUGUUUGCCAUCGACGAAAGGCCACACCACAUGUACCGCCGCGACGGGAAAGACCUGGUCACGGAUGUCCGUCUCACCCCCGCGGAGGCCCUGGGCACGGUGAUCGUGCUCCCCACCCUCGACGGCCGAGAGCUGGCGGUGGACGUGGGCGGCGGCCAGGAGGAGGAAGCCCCCAUGGUUUGCCCCGGCUAUGAGCUCGUGGUGCCGAUGGAGGGCAUGCCCAUCGCCCGCGAGCCCGGCCGUCGGGGAAGCCUCAAAAUUCGGUUUGAUGUCAUCUUCCCGGACCGGCUCAAGCGCGAUGCGUGCCUGCAGAUCAAGCGAAUCCUGGAGGCCGACGCGGCUUGA